GAUAUCCUUGCUCUCAUUUUUGGAAAUGUCUAACAUGGAUAUCUUGGUUAAAUUAGGAUGGAUGAACAAUCCCUGAAAAUCAUAAUAGAUUAAUAAUUGUGGAGAAGGUUAUACUGUACAGAGUUUCAUGAAUAUCAAGAACAGGAAAAGUUGUAUCCACUGGCCUAAAAUCAUCUAAAACCAGAACUCCUUCGGAACGUCUGGCACAGGAUACCUUGGUUCAAAAACAAAGUCGAUACCAACUUUUGUCUCAGGGCAGCGUAAACAUAUGUCCAUGCGGUCACCGGUAUCGUUGUAGAGGAUCUGUCGCUGGAGUUUCUUCUCGGCGUCGUAGCCAUACCAUGAGCGAGCAAAAUCUUCAAAGGGAUCCAACUUUCGCCAAACAGUUUUCUCCAGGUAGGCCCAGCCUUCGCUGCAUGUCUGCAUGUGUCGUACAUUCCGACGAGUACUGGCAAGGACAGGGAGAAGAUUUUCGGCAACAUAGAAAAAGCCAUCGUUUGGAAGAUGAAUGACGAGGUUGUUCCAAACACCCUGGGUGUCUGUCAAUUGGCAGAUGCGGUAGUCGGAGCGCCACUUAAGACCAUCACGUUCAAAGUCAAUAAAACUGGCUGCCGUAGAGACUGUGGUGGCGAGAACGUGCUGAAAAGACGGAAAAUUAGGGGAGAGAGCGUGGCCAGUUUGCCACGAUUGCAGAAUCUCGGCAAUGUAGCCGAUAUCGUGGCGCUUCUUCGUAGGCGAAUCCAUAUCGCUUAAGGAUUCCGCAGGCUUUACAGGAGAGAGUUUCUGGUCCUUUUCGCGCAUCCACUGUUCUUAAGAUGCUUUUGGAAUUGACUCGAGGCACAUCAAUGCAGCCACGGGAGACUCGUUGAAGCACCUUGCUUUUCAGGAGUCUUGUCUGACUUUCUUGCUCCUCUUCCGUUUGCUUCUGUACUUUCUCGGUGACAGAAGAAAGAGAUUCUGAGUAAUUAUGCUGCGGCUAAUGUGUUGGUGUUGGUGUUGGUGUUGCUCGCUGCUGUUGCCGUGUUCCGAGCCGUUGGCUCUCCUUUCCACUCUCCCCUUGCCAGUCUCGCCUCUGUUUAUGACAGAAGAGCGUGUUCCUGUAUACUGUAGUACUGUAGCCUUUGGAUCUCUUAAGCAGCCUUGCCGCCUUGCCGCACCAAACACAUCACAACACAACAAACAACCACACCACCACGGAGCAUCGAGUUGCCGUCACUGCAGGACUAUUGAAGGCCAGCCUCAUUGCCUACACUGUACAUAUACAGUCCAUAUACAGUCCCAGCCACCACUCUUGCUAGAGAUAUAGCUGGCAACAUGGCCAGCACACCAAGUUUGAUAGAGGAAAAGCCUCGUUCAUCAUCCGCCGACGAUCUGACCAUUACACGGCAAGACUUUCUCUUUCAUCGCAAGUCGACACAUGCCACCAACGACACGACUGUAGGAGAACGAUGGGACGACCACUACAGAUUGUCGGGGCAAUGGCUUGGGAAGGGACGGUUUGGCAGAGUGGCGCUGGUGGAGCACUUGCAGACGGGUCAGAAACGUGCCAUGAAGUUGCUCGAGAAACGACAAGUGAGUCCGGAAGCGUUCUGGAAAGAGACGCAAGUAUUGAAGACACUGGAUCAUCCCAAUCUACUGCGAUUGUAUGAGACGUUCGAAGAUGACACACGAUACUAUAUUGUCACAGAGCGAGCUACUCAACACGGCAAUUUGUUUUACUUUUUCCGGGAGCUGCAGCUUUCUUCUCAAAACCAGAAAUCUCUGAACGAGCUGGAUAUUGCUCGUUUGAUUCGACAAAUCUUGGUCUGCGUCAAUCAUUGUCAUGCCCACGGUGUAAUCCACUCCGACAUAAAAAUGGAGAACAUCUUACUGGAUGCCGACGAUCCUAAAUUUGAACGAAUCACACUGGCAGACUUUGGCUUUUCCCUCUUUUAUCAUCAAGAAGAGGAACGGCCACGACGAGGGACACCCGAGUACCUUGCUCCCGAGGUGUUUGUUGGUACUACUUAUGGACCCAAGUGUGAUAUAUGGUCCCUAGGUGUCAUGGCGUUUGUACUCCUCACUGAAGGACACUUGCCGUUUACUGGAACACAACAAGAAAUCUACAAUCAAAUAUCAAUGAACACUCGAACGGAUCAUUGGGAUCUCCCGGCUUGGGAGCAGGUGACACCAGAAGGGAAAGCAUUUGUGCAAUCACUGUUGCAAGUGGACGAAGCAAAACGACCAACGGCCCAAGAAGCUUUGAGUGAUUCUUGGUUUGAAAUAAUAAUGAUACAACAACAACAAUCUACCACCAUCCUGGAGGCUUCCUCCUGGCAUGAAAGCCUCCUCAAGUUUUCGGCGCGGCAAAAGCUCCAACAGGCAACCUACGCCUUUUUGGUGGCACAACUGACGUUCAAGUCACGCAAAAAGGUCAUCGACGAAAUGUUCAAAGGGUUGGAUGUCAAUGACGAUGGAACCAUUAGCCGGCAGGAAAUUGAAGAUGCCUGUACCAAAAGGGGGUGUCCCAUCAGUAAGGAAGAACUGCACAGCAUCUUUCGCAAUGUCGACAUUGAUCAAAAUGAUUGCAUCAACUAUUGGGAAUUCACGGCCGCCACGGCGAAUCCAAGGAACAUGCUGUGUGAGGACAACCUUGAGAUUGCUUUUCAAACCUUUGAUGUCAACAAGGACAAUUGCAUCAAUGCGGAGGAUUUGAAAGUGAUCUUUCGUCAUGGUGGGCUAAUUGGAGGAUACCAUCAUGAAGAAGAAGAAGACAGUGUGGUGGAUGAGGCUGUGAUUGAUGCCAUCGUAGAGGAGGUGGAUGCCAAUGGCGAUGGAAAGAUUUCACUGGAAGAAUUCAAGGCAAUGAUGGAAGAAACUGUAAAGUUGCAGACCACCAAGAGACCGCGUUGUGAGUUGGGUAACUGACUCGCAUAGAAAUAAAUUGCUGAUCGCAUGAUAGAGUUCAUUUGAAUCAGGCGUCUGUUUUGUUUGGGUUUACACACCCGCCAUUUCUUUCAGUUUGGCCAUCAUUUCGUCCACUUCCGCAUUGGUAUUCUUGGUGAAGGAUCCUUCCGAAAAGAACGGCCCGGCAAUGUGUUUGGCCUGUGGUGUUCGAUCCAGAUAAAAUGCUCCACUUUGGAUUACAUCCUUGGGUGCUCCCAUGAGAUAGGCAAUUCCUUCAGCACCUUGCCACAUGUUACGCAUGGGUUCCAAAUACUUUUUAUUGUCUCCAAAGGCACUGUCUACGGCGGGAGUGGCGGUCCAACCGGGGUGUGCGGUGAUCCAUUGAAUGGCUGGCAUGGUUUCCGUCAGUCGCUCGGCCAGCAGCACUUGUCCUCUCUUGGCAUAGGCAUAACUGAGUUCUCCGGAAUAUUUCUUGUCGGCGUCCUCUUUCAUGGUGCACGUGGCGGUUUCCCAAUCGGGAAAUUUGGAUGUCAACAUGCCACCGGAAGUGACAAAAAUGACGCGUGGAUUGUUGGCGGCCUGGAGUUGUGGCAAAAGCAAUUGCGAAAUCAAGUAGGAUCCUCCUAGCAAAUGCGAUGCAAAUGUGACUUCAAUGCCUUCUUUGGUUUCCGUUCGUUGAUUCAACAAUGCUCCCGCAUUGCAGAUCAGCACAUCCACUUUGGUUUCUUGUGCCUGCAAACU